AUAGCUCUUUAGAAUUUUCACGAUUUUCUUAUCGCGGCUAUAUUAGGAACAUCGAUUGCCAUUUGGACGGCAGUCGUGUUUUGUAAAACGGACGAAAAUGAGGUUUAUUUUAUUACUGCUGGCUUCCUGCUGCCUCUGGGAGGCGGUACUCAGCUGCGCUAGCAUCGAACAACGCUAUAAGUUCGCGAAUAGUAAUAUCUACGUGAGGCUCAGGCGAGGCGAUAAGCUGCAAUAUGAACUGAUGAAGGGUGAAAAAACGCUUCAGACUGUGACCUUUGACAACUUUGAGAGCAGUGCCAAUCUGGUGGAGACUAGCAGUGGUAGUUACCAAUUAACCGAUGGCACAUCCACCGUAGAGUUUACCCUGGUUAAGAAUGGUGUGGUUACUGGCACAGGCAGUGAGAUCACGCAUGUGAAAGUUUCCCGAGAUCAAGUUCUGCAGGGCACUCAGCCCAGAGAUUGUUUCCCCCUUAACGUUGGAUCCACCCACUGGUUCAGUGGUCCGGAGCAGAAACAACACUACUGGCCAGUCGAACGACAGAGGCAUAGCAAUUAUUCAUACCUGCCCAAGGAACUGGACAACUUUGGCGUAGGUGAGCGGUAUUGGCUGAACGGCAAUGGAGUCUUUCUGUAUGUGGAGAGCAAUACUCCACUUUUUAUUGAUCAGAAUACAGCGGAUCAUCCGGAUCACCUGUGUCUCAGUGCCACCAGUGCCCUGCCCUAUGAUCCCCGAGUGACCUCCGCCAAGUUUGUAUAUCACAUUGCUGUGGCCAAAGAUGCCAAGGCAGCUCAUAAGUAUGCUGUGAAAACUUUCCACGGACAACCUACUGGCUUUCCCGAUGAACGAAUGGUCAGGCAUCCAGUGUGGUCCACCUGGGCUCUUUACAAGGCUGAGGUCACCGACGAUGUAGUGCGGGACUUUGCUAAGCAGAUCCUGGAUAAUGGUUUUAACAACAGUCAGCUGGAAAUCGAUGAUGACUGGGAGGAUUGCUAUGGAGCCCUGACCUUCAGGAAGAAUAAGUUCCCCGAUACAAAGACCUUGACCGAUGACCUCAAGGCUCUGGGUUUCCGUGUUACCCUUUGGAUUCAUCCUUUUAUUAAUAACAACUGCACAGCUAUUUACAAUGAAGCCAAAUCUCUGGGUUAUCUGGUGCUCGACCACGAGGGGAGUUCCGACACGCAGUGGUGGAACAGUCAGCCCAAAGAUGCAGCCAUUCUUGAUUUCACGAAAACUGAAGUUCAGGAGUGGUUCACCAAACGUUUGAAGGUUCUGCAGGAUGAAGAUGGAAUUGAUAGUUUCAAGUUCGAUGCUGGAGAGACUAGUUGGCUCCCUAGUGAUCCCGUACUCCAGGGCAGCAGUUCCAUGGUAACUCCUCUGCAAGCUGUCGGAGAUUACGUGCGAACUGUAGCUGCUUUUGGUGAUAUGGUGGAAGUACGGUCAGCCCAGAACACUCAGGAGCUGCCCAUCUUUGUACGCAUCGUUGACAAGGAUUCCGAAUGGGGCUGGAACAAUGGCUUGAUCACACUGAUCACUUCUAUGCUGCAAAUGAACCUUAAUGGAUAUCCUUUUGUUCUGCCUGACAUGAUUGGUGGUAAUGGUUACUACGAGAAGCCACCUACCAAAGAGCUCUUCCUGCGCUGGCUUCAGGCUAAUGUUUUUAUGCCUGCCCUGCAGUUCUCCUUUGUGCCCUGGAAUUUUGACACUGAGGCCAUUGAGAUCAGCAAGAACUUUACCGAUCUCCAUGCCAAUUACACGCCUUACAUCAUGAAACUUUUCCAGCGAGCGGUGGAUUCUGGCGAACCUGUGAAUGCCCCACUCUGGUGGAUAUCCCCCACUGAUGAGGUGGCGCAGUCCAUCUAUGACGAAUUUCUUCUGGGCGAUGACAUCAUCGCUGCUCCUAUCGUGGUUGAGGGCGCCAUCAAGCGAGACAUUUACCUGCCGGAGGGAGAGUGGCAAGAUGGCAAUAGCGACCAGGUGUAUACCGGACCCACAUGGGUGAUGGACUACUCCGCUCCCUUGAACACUUUGCCCUACUUCCUCCGCGUGGGCUUUACACUGGAGUAGAAUGAAAAGUAGUUUCUAGUAUAUAUUCUUUUAUUCUAAAAAACGAUCAAAACUCAAUAAAGUAAACUAAAUAGAAAA